AUGGCCGAUCAUCGCAUGAAAAAAGUUGCCAUCGUCGGCAGCGGCGUCGCCGGUAUAGGCGCUCUCUGGGCGCUGAAUCGUACCCAUCACGAUGUUUACCUGUACGAGGCGGGUGACCGCUUGGGUGGACACACGAACACGGUAGAAUGGAAGCAAGGCAAAUUUCGGACGCUGGUCGAUACGGGUUUCAUUGUACUGAACACAGCAACAUAUCCAAACUUUAUCAACUUUCUGAGAAAGAUCAAUGUCCGGACUGUGGCCACUGAGAUGACAUUCGGUGUCUCCCGUGACAAGGGAAGGUUUGAAUGGUCCGGGACAAGUCUGGAUUCUAUAUUUUGCCAGAGGAGGAACAUAUUCUCCGUGAGGAUGUGGAGACUGAUAUUCGACAUCAUUCGCUUUAAUCAGUUCGCCCUGGACCUGCUGAAAGAGGACGAUACUGGCAAUGGCAACAGGCCACCCGGAAAUGCCGAGACCAUUGGCCAGUACUUGGACCGGCAGGGCUACUCCGACACGUUCCGCAACGACUACCUGAUACCCAUGACAGCCGCAGUAUGGAGCACGAGUCCCGACAAGUGCGCUUUGGAGUUCCCGGCGGUAACUCUGGUGCGGUUCAUGUGGAACCAUCACCUCCUCAGCACAGUAGCGAAGCGGCCGGAUUGGCUUACUUUGGAAGGGGGUGCCAAGUCGUAUAUCGAUGCGGUAAUGAAAGGCUUCCCACCGAACCACCUAUUCCUCAAGACAGCCGUCAAGCAUCUGACCAAUGAAGAGGAUGGCCGGGUUCAGCUCCACUUUGAGAACGGAAACGCCUAUGUCUUCGACCACGUGAUUCUGGCUACGCAUGGAGACCAAGCCUACCAGAUCAUCGCGCCUUCGGCUACAGAAGAAGAGAAGGCUAUCAUGUCGGUCUUCCAGACAUCCGAGAACCCAUGCGUUCUCCACUCCGAUCUCUCGCACAUGCCCAAGCGCGAGACCUCGUGGUCGGCGUGGAACUAUCUGACCGUAUCAUCACCGUGGACAGGCAAAGACAUUGACCAGGUAUCCUUGACUUACAACAUGAACAUCCUACAGCAUAUCCCACGAGGAGCGUUUGGAGAUGUUUUGGUCACGCUGAAUCCCAUCCAAGAGCCAAAGCCGGAGUCCGUGCAAGGUCGUUACUCUUACUUGCACCCUUUGUACAACCCUGCUGCAAUCCGAGCGCAGGAGGCAUUGCCCAGGAUACAAAAUACCCGCGGGAUCAGUUAUGCGGGAGCAUGGACGAAAUUUGGAUUUCACGAAGAUGGGUUCAGCAGCGGCUUAUUCGCAGCGAAGGCGCAUCUCGGUGCCAGGCUGCCCUUCGAAUUUGUGGACUCCACGUAUAUUCGUGGCAGGCAGCCUGAGCUCGGUAUUGGGGACUGGCUGGUCAGAGUGAUAAUUCUGAUCUUUCAAGUCUUCGUCAUCGAUCUGCUGAACCGGAUCUUCAGCAGGACUAAAGCAAGUGUUUCAGCACAGGUUAACGGCAUUGGCAAGAGGCUCACGGAUGAGAAGCUGGCAUAA